UUACAAAUCUGUCUCUGACAAUGUGGUUGAGUCGCAUCGCUCGACUGGAACUUUGAGCUGCCAAGAAUCGGAAUCUAAGCCGGAAUCCCUUCCCAAAACCACUCUAAAUCCGGAUUUGUGUCGCUUUUGUAACACUCGAUCGGAAUGAGUACGGCAAAACAUCUCUCUACGAUGAAUGAAAAGGAGCGCGAGGCAUUCUUUGACUCUUUUGAUUUGGUUUUCUGCGAUUGCGAUGGAGUGGUUUGGUAUCCCCUGAGGGAAUUUAUACCCGGUUCUGCUGAAGCUCUGACCCAUUUGGCGGAUCUUGGCAAGCAGGUGACCUUCGUGACCAACAACAGUAUAAGUUCGGUUAAAGAUCACAUCGAGAAGUUCGAGAAACAGGGCCAACUUAAGAUUGAUGAGCAUCAAAUCAUUCAUCCUGCCCAAACCAUUUGCGAUCAUCUAAAAUCUAUCAAUUUCGAAGGACUUAUUUACUGCCUGGCCACGCCUCCAUUUAAGGAACUCCUUGUGGAUGCCGGAUUUCGUCUGGCAGAAGAUAGUGGAAGUGGAAUCAUUAAAAGCCUUAAAGACUUGCACGAGGCCAUAUUUUCCGGCGACUCAGUGGAUGCGGUUAUCAUUGAUGUAGACUUCAAUCUGUCGGCGGCCAAGAUGAUGCGCGCACAUGUCCAGCUGCAGAAUCCCAAGUGCCUGUUUCUGGCCGGAGCUGCCGAUGCAUUAAUUCCGUUCGGCAAGGGUGAGAUUAUAGGUCCCGGAGCCUUUAUCGAUGUCGUGACCCAAUCAGUUGGCCGUCAGCCCACCACACUUGGCAAACCUGGAGAGGAUCUGCGCAAGAUUUUACUGGAUCGUCAUCCGGAAAUCCCGCCGAGCCGCGUACUCUUCGUGGGCGACAGUCUGGCCAGCGACAUUGGAUUUGCCCGCGCCAGUGGCUACCAGACACUACUCGUCCUCACUGGUGGCACUAAGCUAGAGGACAUUCAGCGACUACCGGAUGACCAUCCACAGAUGCCGGACUAUCUGGUUGAUUACCUCGGUCAAAUAGCCCCAAACAAUAGAGAAUUGAGUAAUCCUGACUCGGCGCUUUUGACUUGAUAGCGUUUCGAGUGUUUGUCAUGGUAAUCUAUUGCAUUUUAAUCGCGUAUUUGCUGAUGGCAGGCAGAAGCCAAAAGUAUUUUGGAUUCAGAAUCAAUAAAUUAGUGUGUGGUCCGCAUAAUCAGCAGUUACUUGUUUCGAGACUUCAUAUCAAAUCCAAUUCGGUUUUAUAUUUUAAAAACCAUUUUAAUUUUCUUUUUGUAGAUUUUAGUUUUGAAUAAUUUACUCUUA